AUGAACUUUUCGAGAGCGCUGACCGGCGAAAGAAAGCCCUCUCUCGUUUACUGGGAGAGAACGUGUUGUUUCGCUUUCUGUAACUGGCUCUCAACACGUCGCUAUAGCCGCCCGGGGUGUUCACGCGUUCCGCGGGUGGUCCAGCGCAGGCCGCGGUGCACAGAGCCACCACCGCUCUGCUCGGCGCACCACCUGGAGAAGAACACACAACUUGCGCACACGUACUGGCGCAGCGUCCUCGAACCCGGUGAUAUGGUCCUAGAUGCCACCUGUGGUAACGGUCAUGAUACACUGGCGCUCGCCGAAUAUAUCGGUGCGCCGGUUACGGGCACCCUGAUCGCCCUGGAUAUCCAAGAUAAAGCUGUGAUGCGAACGAGGAAUCGCCUGGUUGACAUGUUUCAAAGCAGAUUCCGAUCAACAGAGCUGCACAUCCACUCCGAAUACACGCAAGGACGCCUCCGUUGCCGUCUUUGGACUGAAAACGGCUUCAUUUGUGAACUCAGGCAGUUUCCCCACGAGCAGUUUCAGCGAGACAUGCUGGAUAGUUGGCUUGCUGACGUCAAAGCUCGGCCAACAUGGUUCAAGGUCGCUGCAUACAAUUUAGGCUACCUGCCCGGCCUAGACUCGGAUAGAAGCAUCCGCACGCGCGCCGACACGACCAUAAAAAGCUUGAAACUCCUUGAAGGGUUGAUUGCUCCCCGUGAGGGUCUCAUUUCUGUUAGUUGUUACACCGGACACGACGGCGGGGCCGCCGAAGGAGCCGCCGUGAUGGACUGGGCGCAAGCGCUGGACGCGUCUCAGUGGACGGCGGUUGCGCAUCGCUGGCUCAACCGGCGACAGGCACCCUCACUGGUCGUUGCACUUCACCAAGUCGCAUCUCGUCCGAGCACACCAUACGAGACGACAAGCGACAAGCACUAG